CUGCACACAGACAUGAGAACUGUUACCAUGGCAUCAUCUGUUGAACAGGUCAGAUUGCUGAUUAAGACAGCCUCAGCUUCACAGAAGACAAUUCUAUCGGGAAUCAAGUUUCUUGGGGAAGUUACAAAAUCAUUGAAAGCAGAAGAAAGUUCAGAAAAGACUCAAAACUUGGAAGAACCCCGACAAAAUGGUGGUGGGAUUGCACAAAUGCUCGGUGUUGCCUCAAUUGCUGAAGAGAAUGACCUUCCGUGCACUAUGACCUCAGGUGACAUUGCAUCCAUGGAUACGACAUUCAGCCGUGACACUGACCUUCAGGAGUAUCCCACUGAUGGCGUCAAAUUGUCACUAUGGUUACAAUGGACACUGCCAAAUGCCAGCUUAAGAUCUUCUAAGGUGGUUGCACUGGUAGAGGACAUCACAUUCUCGCUGGAUGUACAAAACGUCUACUCCAAGGUCAAACUCAAUGUGGGAUCUACCAGCGUCACUCAUUUCAUGAAAACCAGCCCAUAUGAUGCCUGGCAAAGUGGGAGACACCAAGGAAUACUGAUGUGUUGCCGCGGAAACCUGUCCCAUGAUACUCACAUAUUGACAUCCCAUGCCUGGGUGACUGACCGUCUGCAUUCCAGGUCCAAUCUUUCAGGAUCAGCGAUAAAUUCUAGCAACCCUGCUAGUCGAGAGAUAGGUCACGGGUUUCUGAGCCUCACGUUCACUAGAGCUCUCAGGAGGAAUCUGAAAAAACGUCUGCAAAAGUUGAACAUUGAAACACCCCCAUGCGAACCUAAUUCCUUGGGUGACACUUAUGGGAAGUUUUUUUAUCACAAAUAUGUCAGUGAACUUUGUUUGACGAUGGUUCCCUGUGAUUUUAUUUUCAACCUGGAUCCUGUAUCUAGUCUUCUGCAGAAUAUUUACACCUUAGAGUCUGAGAAAUCCAAGCCGAAACACUUGAAAUCCAUACCUACUGUCUCUGACGAGAGUACAGCCAUGCCAUGGUUUACAUCAAGCAACCUUCCGUUGAUAUACGCCGACAUGGAAUGCAUUCGUUUAUUUUUGCCAGGACCAGAUAGGAGCAAAGUUGGACUGACAGGACAACAGGGCACUCUCUGGACAACUGCUGACCAUGACAUGCUACUAUUCCAGAUUCAUAGUCUGACCAUUACCCCAAAUGCUGACAACCCUCUGCCUCGCUACGCCAUAGACAAGGAGCUGUACCAAGAGGCUGUGCAGUUAGGAGUCACAUCAGACUCAGGGGCUGCCCUUACUGACCGACAAUACCAACUCGACUUCAAGGGGCUCAGUCUGUCCUCAGGCUGUUGGUGGGACUUUGAGAGGCAUAUUCAGGUUGCAGGUGCCUGCUCUGUAUGCACUCCAGCAAGCCAGGUACCAGCAGUGGAGUGGAACUCGCUGCCCAUUAGGAACGAACACUCUGAGAUCCAGCUGUUUCCAGUUAUCUCUCCUUGUGAUAUGAGGCUGGUUGUGGCCCCUGCAAUAGUCAACUACAUGCCCUCAGUAUAUGGACAAUAUCUGACCAACCUUGUCUGUGGAUAUGGAAUGGAGUUGAACAUUGUGAGUGACCUUGACCUCACUGUGAGUACCAAUCAGAUUCAGUUAAUCCAACACAAGGUCAAGGACAUUUUGGGGUCAAUGAACCCAAACAAAGGCAAAUGUGAUUCUAGCACGGACGAGACAGAGUAUGUACAUGACAGUGGAGUUGGAAGUGAAAUAUCCAAUUUGACAGUGACUAAACCACACUUGGAGAAGAAAACAGCAGAUAUAUAUAGUUACUGUGAUACCAUGACACCAGUUGACCUACUUUUGACUGCUGGUCGAAUUUCAUGCACACUUUACUCCCACAAAACUGUGGAAAAGGAAAUUAAAGUAAAUGCUCAGACAUCAGCCUCAUCCAGAAAGAAAAACAAGCCGAAGAAACAAGACUUAGAAUGGAGGAUUGAUACAGAUUCCACUGAUAACCUUCAAAUUAACGAUGCAUCACCGACUGUCCUUGACCCAUACAUGCUGCACAUGUACACAACGGAUUCUGCAGCUCAGGAGAGGAUCAUAGGGCAGGGGACAGUGUGCAUUCUGCCCUUUUUGUUCGUCUACAUCUCCCAGCCUCACACAGUGUUAUCCUUACAUCGAGAACAACAGAAGUUUGAGACAUCCAGUUAUGAUGUGCUUGUAAAAGGGGCGACAGAGGACCUGCUUAUUCCAGUGACAGAUGCAAGGUUGCUGCCAGACUGUUCUGACUUCUCUGUGUACUGGCUGGAGAGCAGGGCAGGGCGCCCCCACCCCCAGACUGGUAUUCCACCCAGCCUUUAUACUCUUGGGCUCUCUGACUUCAUGACUGGGCAAGCAAAUGUUUAUUUACAACUUGAGCGACCCCUUCGUACAAAGCUGUCUUUUCCCAAAGUGAAACAAGUGAUGCAGUUCAUGGAUGAGGUUUUGCCAAGGUCAAAGGUCGACACAGGAGAAAGGUCAUCAACAAAGCCACACACAGAAGACUCAGAAAGGGCUAAAGGAAAGCAACUUGACAUUCUUAGACAUGUGAGCUCAGUUGUAUUGCAAACUGAACAGAUUGUUGUUUCCAUGGAAACCAAGCCAUGUGAUGAGCAGCCAGAAGUGAGCUCAUCAUUCAGCAAUCUUCAGAUGCAGAUUGGUUUUACCCAUGGAGUGACAGGUGAAGUCACUGGCAUAGCAAUGAAUGCCUACAUGCGUGACUGCAUGUUGAAGACAACUCUCAACAAUCGGCAGCUGCCUUUGCUGGGUCCGUGCUCCCUUAAAGCAGAUGCCACAUUCACCAUAAUUUCUCAUGGCAACACCAACUUCCUGUCCCAGACAAUUGUUACCAUAGCAACUGGCAUGGUGACGGUGAAUCUAGGACAGGAGCAUGUGCUGUGCUUGCAGAUGGUGUUAGAUCACAUCACAGAAUUCUCAAAGGUGAUAUUCAAGUCAAAGGAUGACCUAUCGAAAUCAAAGGCAGGAAGUAACAAUAAAGUGACACCUAUUUCAACUGGGUCACUGCAGUUUGUGGUUCACAGUUCAUCUGAUGACCUUCGAAGUGGGCAGUACCAGUACAGAAUGAGUGACGAUGAUACUGACCUGGUACCUAAUCUUGGAGAAAUAGUGUUUUGUAACCAGGAUAAGAGUGGUAACUCAACCAUGACCUGGGGUUACAGCACACCAAGAGUUAUAUCUAGCCUCACUUCUACACCAGUUCCCUUUAACACACAAAAUAUCAUAGAACCACCAAUCACUGUUGCAUGUCGUCUGCAAUACUGGGAGGGUCUCAUUCAGCAGUUUGUUGACUAUGCGGAAAUGAGCCUGUCAGAGAAUGAUGUCUCGGAAAUGGUUCUACCCGAGGUGCGCCAUGCAGACUCUCCAGACCUUGCCGCAGCCCAAAUAUGGAGGCUGAACAUUCCAAACCCAGAGGGAUCAGAAGUAUUGGUCCCGCCAGCCUCCCUUGCUGCCUCUGUGAAGGUUGACUCGUGUUUUGUGCCAUGCCUGAUCCCUGGACUGCAGCUGGGAGUCACAUUGGAGAGCCUGGAAUUACACCUGACCAAUCACCUGCACUGUCUUGGAAGAGUGGUACCCACGAAGCUGCAGCCUUUCUAUCUUUGCCCAAGUUUCCAGCCUGCAGGGGAGUUUGCAGUGGUAACCCUUGACAACCUGCUGCUUGCUGCCUCUCACUGGGCAGGCAGCCUAAAUAAGUCAAACAUUCAGGGCUCCACAAGUCUGGGUGUUGACAUUCUGGAGUAUAAGACGUUGACAAUGGACCGAGUAGUCUCUACUUUGGAGAUAUCGGGCACUGUGUCCUUACAGACACACCCUCAGACCACACCAGUCCGGACGGUGGAUGUUGACAUAGCCUGUGACCCGGUGACCUUGACCUUUGGUCAGGGGGUUGUACACAAUCUAACAUGUGCUGCUCAGGCCUGGACACAGAUUGGCACAGCUGAUCCAAGCCAAGAGGACAGUGUGAUAUUUGCUCACUAUGUGAUAUGUAACGACACCCAGCAGACCCUGCGCCUUGGUCAGGUGGGCACAGACGAGAAUCUUGUGCUGCAGCCCCGAGAAAUGCACCAGUAUUCCUGGCGGUCUCACACCAUGAAACAGGAGCUGCACAUCUGUUUAGAUGGUGCCAUAUGGAAGUGGUGCGAUGCUGUCAGACUGGGCACACCAGGGGCGGCAGUGAGGAAGGUGUCUUGUCAUGAACAGCAAUACACACUGGUCAUUAACACCAGGCAGAUCUCCAAUGUCCAGUGUCAGGUCAUCAUCUCAGGCUUGCUGUCUGUUUCUAACCGACUGUCCCAUCACUGUGAGGUCAAGGUCAUUGCUCUGGACAACAACCAGGAAGUGGAGCACAGGGCUGUUGCUGGAUCCCAGCUUACUGUUCCUUCAUAUGUGCUUGAUCCAGAUCAAGUGCUGGGCAUAAAAUUCAGACCAUGGGGCUCCAAUGGUGCCUGGUCAAAUAGCGUUUCUGUGGCAAGCGCAGCGAGGAAAGACAACACUUUAGUGAAGUUGAUCCACGAUGACAGGUUCUACCAUGUCUGGUGCAGGCUGUUUACCCACAUUGUGCACGGAGUCACACGGGUCUUUGUUGUGCUCUGCCCGCUGUAUAUGGUGCGGUCUCACCUCCCGUUUCCGCUCUACAUUAACAUCGACACGAGCAGGCUGGGGCUACAUGACCGGAUCUCCACUCCGGGGCGGGGUCACGACCUCCAAUUGCAGUGCCCAGGGGGGGACCUCUAUCAGUCACUGACUUUUCAGUUUGAUGCCAAUUCUGGGAAGUCCAGCACAAGUGUGACCCUGUCUACAGGUCUGAUAGAGCAGCUGAAGCGAGCCCCCCAGGGCAAGUUUGACCCCGCCACUUUGACCUCCUUCACCUCUGACCAGUGCUGGUACAAUUGGCCAUAUAUCCAGGAGGACAAAUAUGAGGAGGUUAUGAUACCAGAUCUUCAGAACACAGUGAUCCCAGAAAUAACCAUGGGGAACCAGCCGACCAUUGAUCUCAAUGUCAGUCUCUCAGAAUUCUGGGCAGGGUACCAGACUGUGCUAGUGGACAUUGCCCCUAGCUACCUGGUUACCAAUGGAUGUGACCUUGACCUAGUUUUCAUGGGGUCAGAGGACAUUCAGUAUGACCUUUCAAAAGGUCAGACUAUUUGUCCGCCCAAACUGGAGAGAUCAUUUCACAUCGGAGCCAAGCUAGGAGAUACUGUGUUCAUGUCCGAACCAGUGCCUGUGUCCAAUGAGGAGUUGAUGACUCAGCGGUACAGGCCAGACGCUGGGCAUACCCUCUACAUGGACCACUGGGUACACGUGCACUUACUGGGGCAUUUGAAUGGGACAGAACAGGUAUGUUUUCUAACUGUGACAUCAAGCCUGAAGAACAAUAUCCGUGUUAUCCAUGUGAGGGAACGUUACAACCUAACCAACCAUACCAAGUUCACACUAGCUCUGUGUCCAUUCAGCAUUCCAGAAUCCAGUGAAAAGGUUCAGCCAUCAGCAUCUGUGAGCAACAUAGUUCCCAGCCAUAUUGGUUGCCAUAGAGACAAAAGUGACCUUGCCCCCGUGUCUUUUCAUCCCUUGGCAAUGCUGUUUAGCAACGAUAAGAAGGCAGAUAUAGACAGCAGCACCAAAUUUGUAAACUAUUUGUCAAUUGCUCAUGUGCAAUCUAUUUAUUCAAGUCAAACAUUAAAACAUAUUCUACAUUUUGACUGGUCAUAUCCUGUAAGAUUGUCAGCCAAUGAGAGUGGAGUUAGAAUGACUCUGUCUUUGGUUGUUAAAAAAUCAAAUUUAAACAGUGUUCAGUCCUGUCAUCAAAAUGAUACAGGUGAAAAAAACUUUGGAGCAGAUGCAACGAACAGUUCAGACCAGGGUUUGAUAAAAUUUGAAAAUGUGAUUGAUCAACCAAGUGGGAACGCUAAUGUUGAGUGUGUUACUGAAGAGGAAAUGGUAAAUAUAGAGGCGUUGUGUGUGACUGCCCAAGAAGAACGCGGGGUUACGUAUCUGACUGUUAAAAUAGAUAGUGCCCCUACUUGCUUCAUUCAGAACCACUGCAACUUCCCACUCUACAUUGGCCAGGCCAUGAUGAACUUGACCCUGAAAGGGACCACAGUGCAAGAGCAGACUGAGCUUGUUGACAUUCUGCCCUGCAUUCCUGUUGGGGGAAGUCGAUACUACACACCCCCUUUUCUAAACACAACAUUCCCUCAAAUAUUGGACAGCAGAGUCAUUCCAAAACUGCACAUAUCUGGCAAGAUGCCAAGUUCAAUGGACCAAUCAGACUUAAGCAAUUUGAAAUGGAGCGAUCCAAUAGAUUUGCUUGUUGCUGCAGAUAAUUUUGUCUCUAUACCAGGACUGGCGGAUGUAAAAGUACAUGUCAUUAAGGUUGCCAUGGUAACAAAUGUAACAAUUUCUCCGAUAAGUAAGGCUGAUGUUUCUGCUAAGGAGAUAAGAAGUCGGCUAAAGGGGAAAGAGCGAACUAUUACUGUAACACCUCAGAUUAAAUUUAAUGAGGAAAGUACUCCCAAGGAAGCUGCGUUGGCAGUAUUAAGAGCUACUGACUCAAAGAAAACAGAAUCUUCUAAACCAAAAUCAUCUCUUUUGAAAAUUUCAUUGGGUGUUUUAGCUAAACAUGUGUCCAUUGUUAUGUUAGAUGAAGUCUCUUCUGCCACAUUAAAGCAGGAAUUGAUAUGUUUUACGUUGGAUGACCUAUUCAUUGCGACAUACCCAGCUAGUGACCUUUUGGAGAUGCCGAAUUACCAUAGAAACUGCAUAGUGAUGAGUUGUGGAAAUGUGCAGUUGGACAACCAGAAAUAUCAAACUGAAAACUUUGAUUUCCCAGUAGUUUUGGUCAGAAAAGAUUUUGAUAAACCCUGGAAAGGGUGUGAUGUUGAACAUCUUACACAGUUAAAUGUGCUUGAAAAGCAGGCUGUUUUGAAAUCCAGUAGUAUAAUGCAUAUCCAGAUAGUGUAUGGCACUGUAAGUGGACGCAAUUCUGUGAUCGAAAAAAUUGAAUGCUCAAUUAAGCCAGUGAAUUGUUACAUUGACGACAAGUUUGUGUUCCACUGCAUAAAGCAAGUUGGCACUUUCUUGCCUGUACCAUUAUCAAUACCUGAACCAUUACCAAUGACAACUCUCAAACUCCCUAAAAGCGUGAAAACUGUAGCUCAAUCACUCAGCUCUCCAGUGCAAAUAGGCCACCUCCUGAUUCAUCCAGUCUCCGCAAUGUUCAGUGUUCAUGCUUCCAUGAAGCUGUUCAUAGCAUCAGACGAGACACCACUGCAGUUUGGCAAGUUUGAGAAGUUAGACCUCAGCACCACAAGUUACCAGCUGACCAGGGCACUAGCCAUGCAUUAUGCAUUUGGUGCAUUGUUUAGAGCUGGUGCUGUGGUUGGUUCUCUGGAGAUAUUAGGUAACCCUACUGGCCUGGUGAGAAGUAUUGGAACCGGUGUAGCUGAUUUCUUCAGGAUGCCCUAUAGGGGCCUCACAAAGGGGCCGGGGGCAUUUGUUGUGGGGGUUUCCCAGGGCACAUCAUCCAUGGUGAAACACGUGACCGCAGGCAUGUUGAAGUCAGUGACCAACUUUGCUUCGAGUGUGUCACGUAACAUGGACCGUCUGUCCCUUGACGGGGGCCACAUCAGACGCCAGGAGGAGAGCAGACGACACCGGCCUGACGGGGUCUCAGAGGGUCUCAAACAGGGGCUCACAGGGCUUGGAAUCAGUGUUCUGGGUGCUGUAGCAGGGCUAGCAGACCACCCCAUUCAGAGCCUCCUUAGCUCAGGUCAAGAUGACCAGGAAGGUGAAGGUCAUCAGGGGUCAACUGCCACAGCAACUGGACUGGUGACAGGCAUGGGCAAGGGGUUGGUGGGUGUGUUCACGAAGCCAAUAGGUGGUGCGGCAGAGUUUGUGUCACAGACAGGCCAAGGUAUUUUGCAUGGCACAGGCCUAUGUCGUCUCCCCACUGUCAGACAUUCACCAGUGGAACAUCGCCUUGAGGAGUCAGUGUGUGGGCAGGUCAAAUACGCGCUGAAGUUGCUGCAGACUCUGCCCUCCAGUGACAUCCUGUGCUGUGUGGAGGCGGGGCAUGUGGACCUGACAGAGCGAGAGGUGCCUGUCACACUGGUCCUCACACCUGAGAUACUCUUUGUGAUGAACCAUGAAGAAGACAGUCAGCAGCAGUCAUUCUCGCUGCUGGAGCUAGAGUGCGGUGUUACCUUCGGUGAACAGCCCACCCUUUCCAUCAUAUGGAGGGACACCCAGGUCUACAAAGAGGACCAGGUUGGAAUGUCGAAUGCUGAAAGGGUUUCAGCCUUCAUAGACAGUACAACCAAAUACAUGCAAGAACCUUUUAGACCUUUGGAUGUGAAUUAUAUGGACCUGUCUCUGCCCCUCCCAAACCAUGCACAAUCACAGAUUAUUGGUACAUCUACACCUGAGCUCAGCGAGUCACCACAGUCGCCCAAAGUCUUUCCAAAUUUGGCUGCAGAUCAAGAUUCCAAGGGGAGGCAAUCUGGGUCCUACAAUGGGGAAGGGAGACAACUCUCUGAUUCUCAGUCAGACUCAAGCAUUGAAAAUAUGGAAUCCAACAUGGCAACAUUGCCCCAGUAUGACUUUAAGAUGAAUGCUACGAAAAUUGCUGCUUUCUUAGCAGUGUUCAAUAUUACAAAACAAAAGUUGCAAGGAAGUGGGUUUCCUGUGUAAAAGUUAUAUUUUAUUCUUCAAUUAUUUUAGAUGGCUUUGGUUGUUCAUAUUUCAUGAUUUCUGUGUUGAACAUGAUUUCACUUAUUAUGCAGGCUAUUGUUAUAAAGUGCAUUAAAUCAUGAAAUAAAA